CUUCGACGCGUCUCGGGCUUCACUCGAGGCUCGAUAUAGCAGUGACGGCAUUGCCGGAUUCGAGGGCCUAGCUCCCGUAUUCGUGGCUCUUGAAUCGUCGGGAACACGGCAUCCCUUCGACGACAUCCAUUCCCAGCGCACUGACCAGCAGAGACGCGUUCGCAGCGCGCCAAGAAGCGUAGCCACCAAGCUCUCAGGGCCACAAGCCAAAGCUCACGCAACCAUGCCGCGCGCGGCCCUCCUGCUGGCUUCCGCGACGGCCCUGCUCGCGCCGCAAUCGACGAUCAAGCAGACGCGGCGCCACUCCACAACAUUAAACCCCCUCGAGCAGCUCGCCGAGCAGGUCCGCGGCCCAGUGUCAAAGUGUCUGCGCGACGCCGUCGACGCGACACGGUUCCACACAGGCCCAGAUCAAGGCCUACGAAGCCUCCGCCGCCGCCAUCGCCGCGACCAUCAGCGCCAAGGUAGCAGAAAAAGGCGACCGCAUGCCCGACGGCAUGGUUCCUAUAGUACAAGAAUUCAUGCGUACUUAUCUGGAUGUGGUAGCAAAACAAAAACGGGACCCCAUGGAGAAGGUUCCGGUGCUAAAGGAGUACCUCGGGUUGGUCGAAGAUCAACUCGAUGAACCUUUUGUGUUCGCUCCUUAUCAUGAGGCGUGGACGGAGGAAAACGGGGCACCGAUCGACCAUCUCAAGAUGGACACGGCGUUCAUGGAGCCCAUGCUCGACCCGAACGAUUCGGUACUGCUCGGGAGUGAGCGUGUCAAGGACAUUGAGGCGUUAUUAGCGAAAGGUGACAAUGUGGUCCUACUGUCGAAUCAUCAGACCGAGGCGGACCCGAGCUGCUGGUCCUUUGCGCUCCAUGAAAAUCAUGAGCGGCUCGAGCGAGAUAUGAUCAUGGUGGCCGGCGACCGCGUGACGACGGAUGUCGUGGCGGUACCUUUCAGCAAAGCUCGCAAUUUAUUAUGUAUCUACUCGAAGCGCCACAUCGACAACCCGCCCGAGGAGAAGCCCAAGAAGAUGCGCCACAACGCGAAGACGAUGACGGCCAUGCUCCGCCUCUUCAAAGGAGGUGGGAAAUGCAUCUGGGUCGCGCCGUCGGGAGGGCGCGACCGACCGAACAGUGACGGCGUCUACACGCCGGCUGCCUUCGACCCGAAGUCCGUAGAGAUGUUCCGGCUCAUGUCCGCCAAAGCUGCUGAUAAAACCACGCAUUUUUAUCCAGUAGCGAUGAUGACGCACCGACUCUUCCCGCCGCCGAAAACGCUCACGCCGGGCGCGUUGGGCGAGCCGCGAAGGGCCAUCCGCGGCUCCGUGAACAUCGCCAUCGGCGAACCUAUUGAUUUCGACGAAGUGACACGGGCCGGUUGUUUAGUUGAUGACUUCCCGCCGGGCUGCGUCGAGGAUAGGGAAGAUGCGGCGCAAGUCGCGGCGGAGUACGCGCACCUCCAGGUGUCGCAGCUGUACGCGGACUUGGUCAAGGACGCGAAGGACCGGGGGUCGCCGUACUACUCCGCGGACCGGUACUGAGAAGUGGGGCGUAAGUGGGUAUAUCU